UGACCGAGAUGGAGAAGAAUAGAGGAACGGUUUCCGGUUUGUUGGAUGUGAUAGAGAGAUAUUCCUAUGGAAAGCCCUCAUUGCAGACAAAAUUAACAAGUGAAAUGAAGAUUUUUAAAAAUGCUGAAGGUGAUUUUGGACGAGUAUCCGCAGUAUCCGAUCGCAUCGUGAUGGCUCCAGAUGAGUGGUGGAUGUGGUAUGGCUCGAGUGCACCAAAUUUACAAAAGUUGGCUAUUCGUGUUUUGAGCCAAACUUGUAGUGCCUCGGGUUGUGAGCGGAAUUGGAGUUUGUUCGAUCAUGUUCAUUCUAAGAAAAGGAACCGACUUGAGCAUCAACGGUUGAAUGACCUUGUUUAUGUCCAUUAUAAUUUGAAGUUGCAACAAAGGAACUACUUCAAGGGUAGAAAUUAUGACCCAAUUGACUUCGAGAAGUUUGCUUCUUAUUCUACAUGGGUACUAGAGGAUGAGCCACCGGCCCUAUCAAAUGAAGAAUUGCGAACAUUUAGACGGGAUUUGCAAAUGUGCAUUCAAGAAAAUGGAAAUGAUGAUUCGUUGGAUUUGCAUUUGGAAGAUGUUGAUAUGGAUGAUGAGGCUGAAGAUAAUAUUGAUGGAGGGAAUGUCAAUGACCGAGUCCAAGAGAAUCCAUUGUUUGAAGCUCCUGAAGCACCACAUGAUGCUGCAGCUGAAGACAAUAUUUGUGGAAAUUAUGGUGGAGAUUGGAGUGCAUGGAAUUGCUGAUGAUAUUGACCGAUUAGUUAGUCCUUGUUUGGUUUGAUUUAUCAACUUGUGAUGGUGAACUAUGACUUAUCUUUAUUUUAUUUUUUUUGUUAAUUUACGUGUGAGAUGUGUGAAGGUUAGAUAGACACUUGUGUGCUAAGGUUGUUGUGGUCUUAUGAGUUAUAACUCAUGUGUUGUAUGUUGUUUCCAAUCCAUUCUAUCUCUUUAGGCGAUUUCUUUUGACAUUGGAAAAGUUUUAACUCUUGAUUAAUUGGGCACUGUCAAAU